AUGGGUCGCGCAGGACGCUCUCCUCGACACUCGACGACGCACGCUUCGAUGUUCAGCUACCCGGUCACAAGGAGAUAUCCUUUUCGAUGGAUCACGCCGGUCGUGAUUAUCGGGUUCGUGGUCGCCACUAUACUGUUCACGUUCCUGAACUUUGUUUCCACAGGAUACACGCUGGUCAACGAGGAGAGCUGGAACCCGAAUGCCACUGUUAGCAGUGGCGUAUGGAUGAAUCACUGGCCAUCCUUUCUCGUGAGCAAAGUCGAACCAUCGUGCGAGCCGAUCAAUGUUCAGGUCGGCAGCGAGUUCUUCACGAAUCAGACGGCUCUCAGAUACACCUUGACUGAUGUAUGGCAAACCAGCCAAGGUGGCGCCGGAGCUGGAAAUGGCGUUGCUUCGUCUUUGACCUACUUCAGCAAUCUCAUCGAGAACUGCAGUGUCAACUCUGUGGAAAUUGACUAUGCCGCCAUGGAUCGUUCAGCCUCACAGUUUGCAUAUUCGGAGUGGGGAGCUGUGGUUCGGACAUAUGCUACUUGCACGAUCCUAGGAUCGGGCGGCUUGACCAACUUCAAUAUCACCCAGGAGUAUGAUUAUGUACCGUCCGACAUCUCGUUCUCGACACUUUACACCUUCUUGGGGACCAAUUUCCUCUCCCGUAACAGGACAGAUAAGUCCAGCCUAUGGUGGGGCGAGUCUCUGAUGUCUAUGUACUGGACGCAUAGCACAUACCAGAUGCAGACAAUUCGAGAAAAUCAGACGACCAAUGACGCGCCUGGCAUCCGAAAAGGCACACUUUACUUCUACCCCAACGACGAUAGGACUAUCACCAACAUGACCGACCCAGACUUCUUCGAGUGCGACUAUCGGUUCAUCAUUGAUAAAAGUCAAGGAGCCUUUGAUGUAGUGUUUCCUGGCACCUACGGCGAGUACAGGUCCCAGACGCGACUAUCGACACUCGUACAGCAGGCAUCCUAUCCAAAUAUCUGGACAGAAGCAGAUGCUCUUGCGAAAGCUGCAUACUCUACGGUCAUGACUGACCUGGGGCAGACGUCUGCUAAAAGUAAUCUUCUAACGGAUCCCGCAUCGUUGUCAUUCUUCACGACCAAUUUCACCGAAGCGACACGCAACAUUGCAAACGCAUAUCCUGGACCAGCGGAUCGCCCCUAUGGUACAGAAGACAGCGGACCAUUGGGCACCACGCCAUCAGUGAUAAAGACCAAGUAUCUGUGCCAAGUACCUCAACGCAAGCCCGCCGGAAGUCUGUUCGUCUCCAUUUUGGUCGCGGACUUGGUCUUCCUCCAGGCCCUGUGGUUCGUGUUCAUCUACGUGGUGGAUAUGUUCUUUUUACGGAGACAUCCAGAACGCAAUCACUGCGAGGGCUGUGUCGUAGAUGCGAGGAUGCGAAAUCUUGGGCCUGAUACAUUACCCCUCACGAAGGAAGAUGCUGAGGUCGAGAUGGGUGGGCUCAGGCCAAGAUCUUCCGAGUCUAGGUCGAGGAGUGUCAGUCGUUCUAGGCUGAUGGCGCAAAGUAUGGAUAUGGGUAACCGAGAUUUCUAUCGGCCAUGA